AUAUAGAAUGAGACGUUUCAUUGUAUCGACUUAAAUCAAUUCAAUCACACAGUAUCACAAUUCACACCUUGAAUUGAUCUAGAAAUGUGUGAAAUCAAUGAAUUCCCAAGUGUUGAAAAAGCUCUGCUUCAGUUACCCACAGGGGAUUAUGAUGUAGUUCACGGUUCCUUAUGCGGCAAACAAACAUGUGAAAUAGAAGUCACUGAGGAGUGUAAAGAACUGGCACAGAAAUACAAUUUGGAAUUGGUGACUUGUGGUUUCAAAUGCAGAGAGGAGCAGCUCAGAUGUCCGAGAGUUGUGAGAGUUGGAUUGUUCCAGCACAAACUUCUGCCAUUCCCGACCACGACUCCGAUUCAAGAAAUCAAAUAUGCUCUCUUCAAAUUCGCUAAUAAAGCUAUUAGAAUUGCUGGAAGGGGAGGAGUCAAUAUUUUUUGCUUCGCAGAAACUUGGAAUAUGCCUCAUGCUUUCUGCACCAGAGAAAAAAAUCCAUGGUGUGAGUUCUCAGAGAAUGCACAAUUUGGUCCAACUACGAAGAUGCUACAAGAGUUGGCUAAAGUACACAACAUGGUUAUAAUUUCCCCAAUACUCGAGCGUGAUGAGGUUAUGGGCGAUUCUAUAUGGAAUACUGCUGUGGUAAUUGAUAAUCUUGGUAACUAUAUUGGAAAACAUCGUAAGAACCAUAUAUCAUCAGCAGAAAAUUCCUGCGAGAGUAUCUAUUAUUCCGAAGGGAAUACAGGCCAUCCUGUAUUUGAGACUGAAUUCGGGAAAAUAUCAAUUUGUUAUGGUCGUCACCACCCCAUUAAUUGGAUGAUGUUUGGACUCAACGGAGCUGAUAUAGUUUUCAAUCCUUCAGCAGCAGCUGGUGCAGAAAGUGAGACCCUUUGGCAUAUCGAAGCUAGAAAUGCUGCAAUCGCCAAUAGCUAUUUCACAUGUGCAUUGAACAGAGUUGGAGUAGAGAUCUUCGGAAACGAGUAUACUUCAGGAGAUGGAAAGCCACCUCAUAAAGAGAGUAACUACUUUUAUGGAUCGAGUUAUGUUACUGCUCCGAAUGGAACGAGGUCACCGGGAUUAUCGAGAACAACGAACGGCCUCCUGAUAGCGGAAAUGGAUUUGAACUCAAACAGACAAGUGAGAGAUGAAUGGGGAUUUCUGGCAUCUCAGAGAUUGGAUAUGUAUAAAUCGUUAUUUGCCAAAGCUGGCAGUAUCAAUUAUGUCCCACAAAUAAUUAGAAAAAUGGACAAGCAAAAGUAGAAUAUAUGCGUGGAAUGUAGUUUCGAAUGUAUUUAUCAAAUAAGCAGUAAACUGUUGACAACACUGUUUUUAUAUUGGUUACAGG